GUGCCUGUUGAAAAUGAGUCAGCCAAGUCUGACGGGUCUUGUUGCACACACAAAUACACAUCCUGUGGAUGUGGGUGUGCAUAUCAGAUUCCUGUGGACUCCACCCUACACUUCACUGUUCCAUGAAAUGUUUCAGUUGCUGGGCCACAUCUGGCAGCUGCUGCUCCACACGCACCAGUGCAGGCUGCGGAAACAGUUCACAUCAAGACGUUUUACGGCUGUCCUGUGCACUUGGGAGUUUCCCUAAACGGCGGACUAACGUUUAUUAACGUCUCUCGUUAACGGGAGAAAGCGUCUCAGUUUUCCGAUUUUGUCGCUGAGAACCAACGCGGCCAGACGGUUUCUUGAGUUGGCGCCUCCUCCUUGGUGAAAUGUCCAAGUCAGACUACCCUCCAGGGUACGACUCCCAUGGCCCAAUGUACGCACCUCAGGGUGGGGGUUACCCACCACCCCCUGCAUAUGGCUUUCCUGACUACGCUGGUACCCAGCCAGGCCAGCCCUCUGCUCCUUACGCCCCUGGACCAAACACCCCUCUGUUCCCAGGCCAGCCAGGGGGCUAUCCUCAGGCCCCAUACCCAGGCCAGCCAGGGGGCUAUCCUCAGGCCCCAUACCCAGGACAGCCUCACCCUGCUGGUCCUCCAGGAGCAGGCUACCCCAGCCCUCCUCCCAUGCCUGUCAUCCCACCAACCAUACCAUCAGAUGUCUUGAGCUCUGGUGAUGAGUUUGCUGCAAGUGGGAGCGGUUGGGACAGUCUGAGCAUUCGGCAUGCCUUCAUCAGAAAGGUGUACUUGAUUUUGGGUUUCCAGCUCCUCAUCACCACAGGCGUUGUGGCCGUAUUCACAUUUGUCCAACCUGUCAAAGAUUUUGUAGGGCGUUAUCCAGCUGUCUACUGGGUAUCAUAUGCUGUGUAUAUCAUCACCCACCUUGUUCUGGUCUGCUGUAAGGGCCCCCGGAGGAAGUUCCCAUGGAAUGUCAUUCUGCUGUUCAUCUUUACACUGGCUUUGUCCUACAUGACUGGAACCAUAAAUAGUUACUAUGACACAAAGACAGUGUUUCUUGCUCUUGUUAUCACUGCCAUUGUUUGCAUCGCCGUCACAGUCUUCUGCUUCCAAACUAAGGUGGACUUCACAAAGUGCCAGGGCCUCUUCUGUGUCCUUGGGAUCGUAAUAUUUGUGACUGGCAUCAUUACAGCCAUUGUGCUCUCCUUCAAAUAUAUUCCUUGGUUGCAUAUGCUUUAUGCAGCUUUGGGAGCCAUAGUCUUCACGUUGUUCCUAGCGUACCACACGCAGCUGCUGAUAGGGAACAGGAAGCACUCCAUCAGUCCAGAGGAGUACGUGUUCGCCGCGCUCUCCAUUUAUGUUGAUAUCAUCCAGAUCUUCAUUUUCCUGCUGCAGAUUAUCGGUGCUUCGUCCAAAUAAGUCCACAAGGGUGCAGCUUGGGUCAACAGUUUGCAGACAAGCACCAAGCUACUUUUUUUUUUUUUGAAAAACACCUUCACUUUGUUUUCAGUCAGAUUCAUAUACUGUACAUUUUUAUUACCUUUUAAAACUCCAUCGAACAUAUCUAAGGGCUGAAUUUGAGGUUUUGUCAUAGGGUGGGCUAAUCCUAUGCAUAACAAAGCACUUUUUAAAAAUAUUUCUUUAUCUGCAUUAAUCAACUUACUAGUCGUUAGCAAAGAACAUUUACUGUGUAUACAGUGUUAGUAUCUACAGUUAGUGGAAUGCCUGCUUUUUUCACUCUGACUGGACUUAAGGCAGUAUCUGAACUAUUUCCCCUGCAUGUAGAUGUACUGCUAUACUGUACAUGACUGAUUCCCAGCUGUAUAAAUGUUGAGAAAAUGGGAAAAUGUUUGCGCUAUGUUCAAACUCAGAUUUGGCUUUAAAGUACACUGGGGGUGGGCGUUAUCCAAAUAUUUGGUUUUGAUGUAACACUGAGCCGGGGUCACGAUAUCUACACUGAUACUUUUUUCAAUAAAAUGGGGUUAGGGGGCAGAAAUGUCUUGAUAUGGCUGCUUCUAAAUACCUGUCAAUUACCACAGAAUACAAAUGUUAAGCAUUUCUCUUUGCUAUUCUCUGUAAAUCACUGAAAGGAGUAGUGUGACAUUUUUGGAAAAACCCUUUCAUUUCUUGCCCUGAGUCAGAUGAGAAGACUGAAAACUGCUAAAAUAAAAAAAAUAUAGCCAGCAGAUGGUUAGCUUAGCACAACGCUGGAAACGGAUGUUUUCACAUAAAAAAUAUCAGAUCUAACCACCAGCACCUCUAAAGUUCUUUAUUAUUAUUAAUCCUAAAACCUCAGGUUGUACUUUUAUGGGUGUUAAAUGCCUUCUUCUUGACUGUCAUCUGUAACUUCCUGAAAUACUGCUGGACAUGUAAUUUGUUCACAUUAAACAAAGAGAUGUGUUGUGAGCGCUAGAGGUGCUGGUACCUUUGGAGAGAACCAGGCUAGCCAUCUAUAGCCGUUAGCUCCUUUUCGCUUCUUAUGGAUAUGAAAGUGGUUUUGUCUCCUCCCCCUCCGAGCCAGAAAGUGAACAAGCAUAUUUCUCAAGAAAUUGGAACUAUUGAUUUAAUUAGAUGCAUGUUAAAAGGCAAAAUGGGGUUUAAUGGUUUGUGUGAACUCAAUGUAAAGUGUAGCAUUUGAUAUUGAUCAUAACGUCUCUAGUAUGAAUAGUCAAAACACGUCCUGUUAGUCCAGAUUCUUUAGGGACUGAUAUGCCCACCCCUGAGCUACAGCUCUGUAAUGACAGCCCUCAGCCUGCUGUCAUGGGUUUAUGUUAGAGCAGCGAACCUUUUGCUGGAGGUCUGCAAUAUGUUUUGCUAAAGUAUAACCAUUUACAUAUUACAUCACUAUAGUGCCUUCACAUUCUGAUGUUUCUUAGAUACUUUUUAACUUUAAGGUGUAAAGGGUUAUACUCAGUGAAAUUUUUUAUAGUGUUGUUACAUACUGUACGUGCCUGUUUCUAUAUUCCUACAGAUAAAAUGUGUCUGAUACCGAGUACCAGCAGGGUGGGUUUUUCCAUACAGGACAGCCCAAUCAAUACCAUGGUAAUAAAUUACCAGAGCAUUUCUGAAGGUUUGUGAGACUCCUAACAUGAUCAGUCCCACCUAGCUGGUCCUCCACACUACCCUAUUUGUAAUCAGUAUAAACCCAAGGCAGAGUUACAUACAUAUACAUACUGUAUGUGUAGAGCAGGAGAUCAGUAGGGGUCUGGGUCUGUAAAUAAUACUUCUGCUUUUUCAUACCCAAUAAAUGACUUUUAUUUCAAA